GACUUCCUUUCUCGUGUGCUGUUUCCAUGUGAGUUUGUGGCAGCGGAGAGCGACAUGAGAAUUCAUGAAACAAACCAACCACUCGGCUUUAAAACGUUUUAAUUGCGACAAUGGAGGAUUUUGAAGAAGAGUCAGCGUCGGGUUCAGAGUCAGAAGGAGGCGACUCUGUCAUGUCAGACGGAGAGCUCCAAGAAGCUUUUGCUAAAGGUGUGCUCAAACCGGGCAUGAACAUCCCCUUAGAAGCCAGGAAGAAAGAGGUGAACAACGUGGAGGGUUUGAAGCAGUGCCUGGCAGACUUCAAGAAGGACCUGACCUGGGUGGAGAGGCUGGACUUGACCAGCUGGCCACUGCCUGACCUCGUGGCCAAGGCAGAGGGGAAGCUGACCACGCUGGACAGCAGAGAGAUCCACGCUGAGGAUGACUUCCAGAGGGAGAUGUACUUUUACCGACAGGCCCAGGCAGCUGUUCUGGAAGCGUUGCCACGGUUAAAGCAGUUCAAUAUUUCUACCAAGAGACCAGAGGACUACUUUGCUGAAAUGGCCAAAACCGACCAUCACAUGCAGAAGAUCAGAACCAAGCUGUUGGCCAAGCAGACCUCCAUGGAGAAGUCAGAGAAGGCGAAGCAGCUACGAGAACUCAGGAAGUAUGGCAAGAAGGUUCAAACUGACGUCCUGCAGAAGAGACAGAAGGACAAGAAAGCCAUGAUGACGGCUGUGAAGAAAUAUCAGAAAGGAAUGACUGACAAGCUGGAUUUCAUGGAGGGGGAUCAGGAAAAGGGCAAGAAAGGGUUGGCCGGCGCUGCUGGACCAAGUGCAGCAAAGAAGAAGCGAGGACCCAAUGCCAAGAGGCAGUACAAGGACCAGCGGUUUGGAUUUGGUGGGAAGAAGCGAGGCUCCAAGUGGAACACAAAGGAGAGUCACGACGACAUGUCAGGGUUCCGAUCCAAAGCGGCACAUGGGAAGUCUGGCAAGAACAGGGGGAAAGGAGGGAAGCAAGGAGCGAGCAAGAGACCUGGCAAGAAUGCACGGAAGAAGAUGAAGAACAGAUCUUGAUGGAUGCCUUGCUCUGUUUUGUGAUCCAGACUCCAGACUCGUGUUUUGACAGCUUUGCUCUGUUUUGUGAUCAGGACUCCAGACUUGUGUUUCCACAGUGUGGAUGAUCUCUCUUAUGUUUUGUUUGUUAGGGUUGAGAGACUGAUAGAACUGAAGUGUGUGUGUUACCUGGGUGGUGUCUUUAUGGGAACCCUGUAGUCAGUGUUUCAGUAUAUCUGCAGGUUUCUAGGUCUACCUAGAGUUUGGUGUUGGACACAGUCCAGUAUCACGUCCUGACUGAGUCGGGCUGGAGGUUAUCCCCACUGCAUUCCAGUGAGUUUUCUGUAUUUGGUGGCCAGACCCCUUUCAUAAAGAAAAAAAAAAAAACAUUGUUUUUUUAGCUCUCCCCCUAAAUUAGCAAAGUCCCAUCAUUACAAUGUAGUGUGUUAUAAAAGGUGAAGCGAGUGUUCACACACCCACAUGUCUACAAGCCUUGCGCAUCUUUGUUUCUGCGGUCCUGCGUCUAUAACUAAAGUAAUGAGCAAAGUCCUCUCCAGCGUCUUAUCUAGCGCUUGUUUGAUUAGUGCAAGGAAGGGUGAGGAGCCUCAGGGCUGGUUCACUUCCCUGAUCCAGUCCUGUUUCUUUAGAGCUGCCUUGCUGGUCUCACAGGAGGGAGUGGUUGUGCAGAAUAAGCAGUGAGCAAGCCCUUGCUCAAUCUGCAGGGGACUGCUUACAGGCUUCGAGUUGGUAAUCAAUUGAAGACAUACAGACAUCACAAACAAGCCUGUAAGAUUCAGAGCCGACACACACCUGAUUAUUUAAGUAAAUAAUCUUGACUGGGUAAAGUGGCAGACACGAUCGGUCUGCAUGUUCAAUGCAUUUUUACUAAAUUUGUACCAAGUGUAAAUAAACGCACAAUGAAAAUUCA